UGUGGAAAAUGUUGGCACUUCCUCACCACAGUCUUGGAUAUCUCCACGCCUUCUGUCAUCUCCAACCCUUCUGACCAUAAUUCUUUUCCUUCCAUCCCUUCUACUGGUUCACAGCCCUACUCAAUCUCCAUCACUGCCCUCCCUCCUCACUUUUCCAAACUUAUUGGGUUUAAAUUCCACCUUCCUCUCUCUCAAACUUCGACCAAAAAUGGAAUCAAUUGGAGUUCUCAUGGUUUGCCCCAUGAACUCUUACCUCGAACAUGAACUCGAGAAGCGUUUCAACCUCUUUAGGUUCUGGACAGUUCCGGAGAAAUCUGCAUUUCUGGCUACUAACAAAAACUCAAUCCGUGCAGUUGUAGGAAACUCCUCGGCCGGUGCCGAUGCGGAGCUGAUCGAGGUGUUGCCCAAGCUGGAGAUUGUUGCCAGCUUCAGUGUGGGGCUUGACAAGAUCGAUUUGGCAAAGUGUAAAGAAAAGGGUAUCCGAGUUACCAAUACACCUGACGUUUUGACUGAUGACGUGGCGGAUUUGGCGAUUGGCUUGAUGUUGGCGGUGUUGAGGAAGCUUUGUGAGAGUGAUCGGUAUGUGAGGAGUGGCAAGUGGAAGAAAGGGGACUAUAGGUUGACUACUAAGUUCACUGGAAAAAAAGUUGGCAUUAUUGGGCUGGGCAGGAUUGGCAUGGCGGUUGCCAAGAGAGCUGAAGCAUUUAGCUGCCCUAUUAGUUACUACUCUAGAACAGAGAAACCAGAAAUAAAAUACAAAUAUUAUCCAGGUGUUGUUGAGCUGGCUGCCAAUUGUGAUAUCUUGGUUGUUGCUUGUUCUCUGACUGAAGAAACCCUUCACAUUAUUAACCGGGAAGUCAUUGAUGCGUUGGGUCCAAAGGGUGUUCUCAUCAAUGUUGGGAGGGGCCCUCACGUUGAUGAACCUGAGCUGGUUUCUGCAUUGGUUGAACGCCGGUUAGGAGGCGCAGGGCUUGAUGUUUUUGAACAUGAGCCUGAAGUACCAGAAGAGCUUUUCGGGCUUGACAAUUUGGUGCUAUUACCUCAUGUAGGAAGUGGCACAGUGGAAACCCGGCAAGCCAUGGCUGAUCUUGUGAUUGGGAACUUGGAGGCACAUUUUCUCAACAAACCACUAUUAACUCCUGUGGUUUAGAAGGCGCUAUUAAUUGAUUGUGAGCUUCCCAUUGCUGCUCUCAUUUAUAUAUGAAUGAUUUUAAGGACAUUGUAUCCCAGAAAUAUGACUAGCAAAUGUAAAACUUUUUUCGUGUGUGGUUUCAAUGUUGGGUGCCAUUAGAACACAAAUUCUAGCAUUCUAGUUGAUCCAUCAUUUUAAUUGUUUCGAAAUGAAUAAAAGUAUUGGCUGGAAAA